AUGUCUUGUUUAUUGGAAUGUACAUUACCCAACAGCGACAACAACCAAGACAACACAACAACUUUAGCCAUUCAACAUGAAAUAUUCAAACAAGUUCAAUCCAUGGAAGAAGAACAUGGAAUUACUAUUUUGAUGGUUUCCGAUGUGGGUAGUAGAGCCUACAAUUGGGAACAACCACUACAGAGCGAUUUUGAUUUGAAUUUUAUUUAUACCCGAGAUUGGAAGUAUUACAUUACUAUUCAAAACAAGCAGCAAACCAUCAAGAAAGAGACUCAUAUUGAAUUGGAAAGGAAUGUUUUAUUGAAACGAUCCAAGAGUAGACAUUCGUUUUAUUGCCAUCAUGAUGAUCAACAGGAUAUUAAUUUGUUGAAUCAUGACGACAACACGGAAAGCUCAAAAAAACUCAAAAUUGAAUGUAAUUUUCUUGGAUAUGAUGUGAAAUAUGCUGCAGAUUUGUUAUACAAGUCGAAUCGAGCCAUUGUAUUUGCAUUACUUUCGCCGUGUGUGUAUUAUAUGCAUCCACGGUCGGUGGAUAUGUUUUCAAAAUGGAUUUCCAUGUGUCAUGCUCAUGUUCAGAGAAGACACCAUCUUCAUGAAAUGAUUCAUAUUGCCAGAUAUAACAUUAAUAGAUAUGUGAUUGGAAGAAGAAGUGUUCGGGUGAAGGCCUAUCUCUAUAUUUUACAUCACUUAUUUUAUGCCUUGUACAUGUAUAAGAGAAGAAACGAUUUGCAGAUUUUUAAUAGUCGUUUACCUCCAUUACAAUUUACAGAGCUAUUGAACGAUUUGAAAGAGGACUAUUUAUCGCCUACGUUGGUUCACAUUGUCGAAUUUUUGAUGAAGCUGAAGGUGAACGGAGAGCAAUUUUCACAUUUGGCCAAGCUAGCACAACCUAAGGUAGAUGCUUCGCAACCAAAGAAAGAGGAAAUUGACACGACUGCAUCGGGGGCUUCAUCGACUGGCCAAAAUGAGGACAAGUUAACACGUGACCAAGUGAAUACUGGUGUUUCAGAGAAUGGAACUGGUGAUAUCAAACAAAGUACGAACAAGGGAGAAGAGGAACAGCAAGAAUCAAAUGCAUUGCAACCAAAGAAACAAUCGAAAAAACAGCAAAAGAAGCAGGCUAAAGCUUUGGCAGACGAAAAGCUCAGUCUUAUGGAGGAUGACAAUGCUAAAAACGAUGUCUAUAUCGGUCACUCGUUGCACGUGGAACUUUUUACUGUUUUUUGGUAUCGAAAACUUGCUGCCUGGAUUUGGGAUUUGCCAAAGGAUGUCAUGAAUGGAGAUCAAGUAGAUUCGUUAUUAUUAGAGGCUGUUCAAUUGUUUGAAGAGAAAGGUGAUACUCUCACACAUUCCAAAUAA